GAUGUUCAUCGUGGUGGUCUUGUCUGUGGUUAAUACUUGGAAUUUCCCUGGUGUAUCUGUUUUCCUUAUAGCUCCAGGAAUAGGUGUUUUGUGUUGCUGGGUAAGAUUUUUAUGCCCACCAUGCAUUUAAAAAUCCAAAACAACAGAGGAACCCCAAACCCCAGUCCACGAUUGGCAUCAAGGAGCCCCAGUUCUGAGAGACCCAGGGGCAGGAAUGGGCUGCUGUUAAACUGGGAAUAGGACAUGUGGAUAUGGAUGGCUCCCAGUUCACUUUUAGCACAGUACAGCUUUGGGGAGUGGUGAUACACCAUGUGUGAGUAUUUCAGUACUUCAGUCUGUGUUCUGUUGAGUUACUGAAAACAGACCAGGAAAUAAUGGGCUGUGUCAGAGGAGCACUUCCCAAAUCCUGUAACCCUCAGGAGAAGGCAGAUUCAGUGUCUGUGUGGAGCUGGCUUUGUUCCCAAGGUAGGGAUGUGUUCACAGGGUAUUUCACACUGCACAGUAAAUAAUAAAAAGUUCAUGUGUUAGCCUGGUCUGUUUGACCACUUAAGCUGCUAAAUGAGAUGUAACUGCACAGCAGACAGCAGUGUUGGGCUCACCCAGAGCUGGAAUGGCUCAGAGGAGGGUUUUGAUGUUCCUAGUCAUAAAUUCUAACAACACAAUCAUUAAAAUGCUGAUACCUCGUGGAGGAUGUGCUGCAGAGUACUAGAGCUUGCAAAAUAGCAGUGAACAGCUUAAAACCAGGAACAUGGCAUUAGAAUGUGAUUUUUUUGUGUGUGGAUUAAAUGUAGGCUGUGAUAGUAUUCCAGGUAGAUUCUGUAAGGGAGUCUUAACAAGAAUUCUCGUGGCAGGGCAGUUUUCUGUGACCAAGUUUGGUUUAGUGGAAUUCAGAGCAGAAAUGCCUUCAUUCACUUUGUGUUGGGCAAAGGGCUGUUUUGGCACAGUCCUGACACCUGAGAGCUGUGAACUUCACCUGAAGGUUUCCAUCAGCUUGGCUGAAACUCGAGUGCAACGACCUGCAUUUAUUCAGGAGGUGGAAGGACCUGUUUGUGUCACAUUCUCAGUGUGCUGAUGCAGCAUAAUUAUGUCAACUCCUGUUCAAACCCUCGGUGACUAAUGGGGGGCUGACGUGAGCCUGGCAGGGCCCAGAGCUGUUCUAGCACCUGGAGAUGCUGUGGAGGAAGAAACAAACCUGUGGAAGCAACCACCCCUCGUUGGUAUAAAAGGAGUGAUCAGCAGGAGUGACCUGAGAGAAAAAUGUCUUGUAGACACACAGGGUGGGGACAUCUCAUCAGCAGGAAGAAUUUAGGGGUUGCUGAUUAUUUUGAAAGGAAUUAUGUUCUUGGGUAAUUCCAUCCGUUGCACUCACUUCAGGCAGGCUUUGGAGCAAAUGAGCCUCCAAACUGUGGCUGCAUCACCCAGCAUUAAUUUCCAGUUACAGAGGGAUUUAGACAAAGAAGCAAUCAUGCUUUGCUUAGGGAAAAAAUUGCUUGUCCAGCUUUGUGUCAGGCUGAAAUGUGUGUGACCCUGUUGGGUCUGUGUUCAGGGAGUGAACUUGAAACUCCAGAGACAUAAUGAGGGUGAAUUUCCAUAAGUAACAUCAUCUCACUGCUGUGUCCAGUCUGAAUUUUAAGGUAGUUUAAUUUAAAAAAAAAAAAAAAAAGCUGUACUUUUUAUAUGUUGCAUGUUGAUGUUUCACAUUUUGCCUUUUUGGACAAGAAGGCAAGGUUACAGAAAGGAGAGCACAAAGUUUUUGAGGAAAACCAGAAAGUUUUCUUCAAAGUAGGCCACUCAGUUGGCUUUCCUGGAAAGAUGAGCUGCUACAGUAUCUUAGAUAGUUACAGCAACCUGGCUUGGUAUAAUGUUAUCUGCAGUAUUUUGUCUUCUCAGUGGUAAUUUUUGAGGCAACAGAGCUCGUUUUUCCCUUUUUCUUGGCUUGAUUUCCCCAGGAUCAUUUUUGCUUUUAAGUAUUUUUAGUUCCACAUCCCCUGACGUUGAAGUGUUUGCUUAUCCCUCUGUGGUGCAGCGAGCCACAGGCUGUCCCUGUAAAUAGAUGUUCCAUCCUCAGAUCCCUUUCUGCUCCCCAGUUAUAAAGACACUGUCUUGUAUUCCAGGAAGGAACUCAAGAUUAUUGCCAAACAGGGAUGAUAGAGGUUGAAAGAUCUCAAGCAAAGGGAAUUUGCUCGCAAUGUCUCUUCGAGGUCACGGAAGGAUGAGAGGAAGCAGGAGAAGGCCCUUCGGCGCCUGCACGAGCUGGCUGAGCAGAGGAGGCAGCCUGAGUGUGCUCCUGGAAGUGGGCCCAUGUUCAGAACCACCACUGUGGCCGUGGAUGAGGAAGGUGGAGACGAUGACGAUUCCGCGGCCAACAGCGGCUCCUUCGUCCAGACAAGUUCUGGCCAGGCUGCAGAGAUGACUAUGGACAGAGGCUUCCUGAACACUGGACAGGGUGUGAUGCCAAGCCAGGCGCCCUCUCAGGCAGCACAGGCCAUCAGCUUUGGCAUCAAGAGCUCUCUGGGGACUCCGCUGCAGAAGAUCGGGGUGUCGUUUUCCUUCGCGAAGAAGACUCCAGUCAAGCUGGAGACCAUUGCUUCUGUUUUCAAGGACCAUGUGGAAGAGUCCAGCUCUUCAGAUGGGGCAAAAGGGGAUGAGAGGGGGUCUUCAGAGGCUGGCGGCCUGCAGAAGUCUGGGGAGGGAGAAGGCACCAACAAUUCUGACGGCAAGGAGGACGAUGACCAGCACGACAAGGACAGCGGGUCCCUGGCCAGCACCUUAUCGAAACUGAAGAAGAUGAGGAGAGAAGAUGGACCAACGGCCGUGGAACCAGAGUACUACCACUACAUCCCCCCAGCCCACUGUAAAGUGAAGCCCAAUUUUCAAUUCCUGCUUUUCAUGAAGUCAACCGAACAAAUGGAAGCUGAAAAUGUGAACAAAAAAAACACAAAUGAAGUGAAAAAGGGGACUUCCCCCAAACCCAAACCCGGGAAGCACACGGAGAAAGCCACUGACAGCACGGCGCAGCAGAAGGAGCAGAGUACUACUGAAACCACAUCCCAGCAGGGCAAAACAGAGCCAAAAGACAUCCAGGAGAAUGAAAGUACAGAGGAGAGCAAACACCUUCCAGAGAGCAAACCCCCCGAGCCAGACACUGCUAAAGAAGCUGCUCCACCUGCCUCAGGCUGCAGAGAUGGCUCUGAGGGACCAAAGCACCCGACAGGACCUUUUUUCCCAGUUCUGAGUAAAGAUGAGAGCACAACACUGCAGUGGCCUUCAGAGCUGCUCAUAUUCACCAAAGCUGAGCCCUCUGUGUCCUACAGCUGUAACCCCCUGUACUUCGACUUCAAGCUCUCCCGCAACAAAGAUGCCAAAGGGAAAGGGGCAGAGAAAUCCAAGGAUCCGGGGGGACUUUGUAAAGACAACACUCAGAGCACAGAGUCUGGUGAGGUGAGCAAAGCCAAGGAGGGUGAAAGCGUAGGCAACAGUUCUGCUGUGAAAACAGAGAACAAAUCCCAGAGCAAGCAGGAGUGCGGCCCGGGCAGCGUCGGUAAGGGGGAGGGGGAGGACAGCAGUAAGAGCAUAACGGGGAAGAGUAAAUCGGGGAGGUCCCAUAAACACAAAAAGAAAAAGAAGCACAAAAAGUCCAGCAGACACAAACGCAGACACAAGGAGGAAGCUGAAGAGAAGGGCCGGAAAGCUGAGCUGGGGGAAGAGAAACCCAAGAAGCGGAAAAGGCACAGGCACAAAAAAGGUAAAUCCUCCCUUUCGACGGAGUCAGACCGGGUGCUGAAACCCGAACUGUCAGAAGACUGCAGCCACUUCCAGAAGAAAAAGCGGUGCUCCCAGGAGUCCCAGAGGAAAUCCCUGUCUGCCGAGGAGGGAAGCAGCGGUAAAAAAGAGGACGGGGGUAACUCCUGCCAAGAGCACGGCAGCAAGAAACACAAGGCUGAGCUGCAGCAGGUCCCUGCUGCGAGGAGGCGCUGCCCGGCUGCGUCCCAGGGCCGACCCGGCCGCCGGAGCCGGCAGAGCAGCGGCGACUACGACAGCGACGAGGGCUCCCACGGGAAGCACUGCCGGCAGAAAUCCCCGUCCCAGUACAGCGACGACUACGACUCCGGCAGCGAGCACUCCCGCAGCCGCUCCCGCUCGGGCCGCGGGCACUCCUCCCACAGGUCCUACUCCAGCAGCUCCGACGCCUCCUCGGAGCACAGCCGGUACAGCCGCCGCAGGAGCUACUCCGACGACAGCUACAGCGACUACAGCGACCGCUCCCGCUGCCACUCCAAGCGCUCCCAGGACUCGGAGGAUGACUCCGACUACAACAGCUCGAACCACCGCUCGAAGCGGCGCAAAUACUCCUCGUCGGAGGAUGACUACAGCUCGAGCAGGAGCAGGUCCAGGAGCCGGAGCAGGAGCCGAACCCACCCUCGGGGCAGGUCAAGAUCGAGGAGCCGGGGCAGGACCCGCAGCAGCAGCUGCAGCCGCAGUCGGAGCAAGAGGAGGAGCCGGAGUGUGACGGGUCGGAGCUGGAAGCGGAGCCGCAGCUACAGCCGGGACCGGAGCCGCAGCACCCGGAGCCACUCGCAGAGGUCCCUGUCACGGAAGGGCUCACGGGGCCACGAGAGCCCCGAGGAGAGAAGGUCUGGCAGGAGGGACUUCAUCAGGUCCAAGAUCUAUCGCUCCCAAUCCCCGCACUAUUUCCGGACAGGCCGAGGUGAAGGAUCGCUGCUGAAGAAAGAGGAGGGCAAAGGAGAGGAUCUGAAAGGAUCUGGCUCUCUCUCCCAGAACAGCAGCAGCUCUGGCACGGGGCGGGCCUCGGAAGGGGACUGUAGUCCUGAGGAGAGAAACUCUGUCACUGCAAAGCUGCUUUUGGAAAAGAUUCAGUCCAGGAAGGUUGAGAAGAAGCCCUGUGUGGCUGACGAGGUGCUGGCGGGGGCAAACAAGGUGGGCAUAAAGCUCAAAGAUCCUCCCCAGGGCUACUUUGGCCCAAAACUUCCUCCUUCCUUAGGCAACAAACCGGUUCUCCCGUUAAUCGGGAAGCUGCCAACGGUGCGGAAACCGAACUCCAAACGAUACGAGGAGUCUGGCUUGGAGAGGGGUGAGGAGCAAGAGCUGUCAGAUGCUGAGGACGGUUCCCAAGGCAUGGAGGAGGGUCAGCUGGCCGGGCAGUCUCUCCUGGAAGAUGUGGUGAUGGUCAUUCAGGACAAACCUCUGGACGAGCCGAAACGCGACGAACCUGCCGUGGAGAUGCCGUCGAUUCCCCUGGAAGCGCCGUCGCUCCCUGAGUGCUUUGGCUCUGGAGAUCUGGUCAUGUCACACAACUUCCUCUCGGAUCCGAACGAUGGUGAUGGGCUGGAACCCAUGGAUGGGGGCAGCCAGCCGGUCCCAGUGGAAACCAGUAUGAUGCCCUUAGUUCCAGACGUCGAGCACUUUCCUGGCUAUGUGCCUCAGAGCGGCGAGCCGAGCAUGGAAGGGGAUCGGGAAGGGGGAGAAGAUUCCUCUCUGGCCCCGCUGGAGAGCCAGCCCAUCACCUUCACCCCCGAGGAGAUGGAGAAGUACAGCAAGCUGCAGCAGGCGGCCCAGCAGCACAUCCAGCAGCAGCUCCUGGCCAAGCAGGUCAAGGCCUUCCCCGCCUCGGCGGCCCUGGCGCCGGCAGCGCCCGCGCUCCAGCCCAUCCACAUCCAGCAGCCGGCGGCGGCCUCGGCCACGUCCAUCACCACGGUGCAGCACGCCAUCCUGCAGCACCACGCCGCCGCCGCCGCCGCCGCCAUCGGCAUCCACCCGCACCCCCACCCGCAGCCCCUCGCUCAGGUCCACCACAUCCCCCAGCCCCACCUGACGCCCAUCUCCUUAUCCCACCUGACCCACUCGAUUAUUCCAGGGCACCCCGCCACCUUCCUGGCCAGCCACCCCAUCCACAUCAUUCCGGCCUCAGCCAUCCACCCGGGCCCCUUCACGUUCCACCCGGUCCCGCACGCUCUCUACCCGACCCUCCUGGCCCCGAGGCCCGCAGCCGCCGCCGCCGCCACGGCCUUGCACCUCCACCCCCUGCUGCACCCCAUUUUCUCAGGACAGGACUUGCAGCACCCACCCAGCCACGGCACAUGAAGGACAGAACGAAGGAACCUCAGAGUUUUGGGAAGGGGUUGGAGCUGAUCCAGCGGGCGGGUGAGGCCUGAGCAUUUCCUGUCGCUCUUGAGCAGCCGAAGAAGCCGGAGGCUCAAGGGCUGGGCGGCAGCGUUGUCCAUAUCCACUCCCAGGGAUGUCUCGCUCCCACACCUCCGUGCACGCAGCGGCACCGUUCCAAGAACCAUUUCACCUGCAGACCAGCGAGACACUUGGAAAGGCUUUUUUUUCCCCCCCCUGGGUUCUUACACUUGGUCAUCUUCCUUCUGCCGCCUUGUAUAUAAUAAAUGAGGUCUCAUCCACACUAA